AUGUACAAUAGCACCACCGAGAAGAGGAUGCUGCAAAAUCAGUUUGAGACUCUCUGCCUUGGAACCACCAUUUUGGUAUUCUGGCCGAGGCUUUGUUCCUCGCUCACUAGUCGAACAAUGAGUGUGAAGAGGGUACUAAGCAGGCCAGAUAAGAAGAAGCAAUCGUCUUUGAUCACGUUACUUCCCGAAGACGUCAUCGUUGACAUCAUAGCGCGUGUACCGAGAUGUGACUAUCCAACACUCUCCCUCGUUUCUAAGCACUUCCGGUCACUCGUUGCUUCCCCCGAGUUAUACGCGAGGCGAUCUUUGUUAAGUUGCACCACCGAGCACCGUCUCUAUGUUGCCCUCUAUACUAAUAAACCCUAUUAUCGCCGUUUGUAUAUUCUUCGCCGGAAAGCCAACGGCAACAACCGCCUGGUCCUUAUCCCUUCGCUGCCUGCCAUGCCUCAUGCUAAACUUAUUGUCGCCGUGGGCUCGAGGAUAUAUAUGUUUGGUGGGAAGGACAUUAGGAGCGUGAGUGCGUCAACCAUCGACUGUAGAUCUCACACAGUGCAACCCCUCCCGAGCAUGCCUGUGCCCAUGCGUAAUUUGAGAGCUGACACCAUCGACGGGAGAAUAUAUGUAAUUGGAUGGGAUGAUGACCAGAGGAAGGUGAUGGUGGUGUUCAAUACAGAAACACAAAAGUGGGAGGAGCCUGUGAAGAUACGGCCAAACAUUGACAUGUCGCAUGGUUUUGUGGUGAUGGCUGGUAAGCUGUAUACGAGGAAUUAUAACAGCUUUGUUUACGAUCCAAAGGAAAAUAAAUAG